UCGGAGGAGCGACCGUAAACAGGAGAAAGCGGAAACAAAUGAGGAUUUAUUAAAACACAAACACAUCCCUUGCUGUUGAAGUACUCAGGGAGCAAACUACAGCCAUUGACUUCGUCAGCAAUAAUAUUGAAAUUGAAAAUAAAGAGUGAGUCGAAGUUAGCUGAGGAGCAAACUGCAUCAGUCAAGAUGGCACUGAAAAGAAUACAGAAGGAAGUACCCUGAUGCGGACAGUGGAGGAGAGGUGGACUGAGGGAAAGUGCAGGCCUCUUGGGACAAGUUAUUGGUUAUUGAAACAUCAAGAAGAGCUGUCGGCUAAUUGGUGAAGUGGCACUGUGAAAACUGAUGCAGGAGCUGCAGGACCUGCAGAGAGACCCUCCAGCACAGUGCUCUGCUGGACCAGUGGGGGAUGACUUGUUUCAUUGGCAGGCGACCAUAAUGGGUCCAGGUGAUAGUCCUUACCAAGGAGGAGUUUUUUUCCUCACAAUCCAUUUCCCCACUGACUACCCAUUCAAGCCACCUAAGGUAGCAUUUACAACAAAGAUUUAUCACCCAAAUAUUAACAGCAAUGGCAGUAUCUGUUUGGACAUUCUACGGUCACAGUGGUCUCCAGCACUAACAGUGUCUAAAGUAUUAUUGUCCAUAUGUUCAUUGCUUUGUGAUCCAAACCCAGAUGAUCCCUUAGUUCCAGACAUAGCGCACAUCUACAAGAAUGACAAAGACAAAUACAACAAACUAGCAAAAGAAUGGACCCAAAAGUAUGCCAUGUAAAGAAAAAAACAUCAAAGAUAAAAAAAAAUAAAUAAAAAAAAACAUGUUGAAAUUUUUUCUUUUUCCGUCCUUUUUUAAAGUCACAACACACUGUAAAUUAUAGUACGGAAUCAUUAAGUAACACUUGGGAACUUCCAUCAAACUGUAAUGUCAUUGUUAUUAAUCUGAUACCAUGACAUAUACAUUAUUUGUUUCUGAAAGGAAGCAGAGGGUUUUACUUGGAGCAAAUGAGAAAGAUUGUCCGUUUAAUCAAUAUCUUAACAUGGAUAUCUUGACAUUUUAUAGUUUGGCAUGUUGUUUUUGCAUCAAGGACAUUUUAUUUAUAAAACACAAAUUUAUUACAAACUGCUUUACAGCAUUCUUAAUUUUUAAGUAAAACUAGUGAAUUGUAGGACACAAAUCCCAUCAUAUGCCGUUCAGCAACAAGAGAGGAGCUGAAUAAUAGAGCAGUAGGAUAACGUGCUUAUUAUACAAGCUGCUCCAUAACUGGAAAAUCACAACUUCACUCUCUGCUGAGUUCAUGAACAGCCGGCAAGAAACAUACUGAACCAUGGGAAUGUUGAAGUGUGAAUACCAAAUAUGUAAGCUUCAGUUUCUGACAUCUCUGUAAAACAAAAGAAUGCUGACAUCAAAAUAUCACCUUUAACAUUCAUGUAAUGGGUGAUGGAGGUUCUUGUUGGGUUGUUUUGCAUCUUGUUGCAGAUGAAGUUGAAUAAAAGAAUGUAUUGUUGCAGUUCCCCUGAAAAUGGGAGCAAUUACAAGUCAUGUAUUACCGUGUUCUACAUCUGUUAUUAUUAUUAUUAUUAUUAUUAUUAUCAUUAUUAUUAUUAAAUGUAUAGUAUUAAAAUCCUCUGGAACUAUAUAAUUGUUAUUAUUAUUGUUUUCAAUUGAAAUUAGAGUCAUCACAAUGUAAAUGUGUCAUUAAAAUAAUGUACUCUUUUCCCCUGGGAAUAGCUGUGAUGUCGGGUUUUUGGUUGGAUUUACACAGGCACAAAGAUUAGAUUUUUAACCCAAUGAAACCUGUACCUAAUGGUGGAAUAUGUUCUUCUGUAUGAUCUCCAGUCUGUCUGUAUAUCUAUCUAUGCUAUAGAGAGGGUAAACAUCUAAUUUUCUGCUCUUGUGUAAAAAGUCUAUCACUUGUGUCUUUUAGGCCUGUGUGGCACCUUUUGUACUGAAUUAAAGAAUGGUACGUUUUUUUAACAUGA